UUCCCGGACUCCUUCGGUAUCAAAGAUAGAGAACCGUUGUUAUAGUAAACUUUAUUGAAGAUAUUUUUGAAAUAAAUUUAUUAACGAAAUCUAUUUAAUUUGAUUAAUUGAUCUUAAAGAAUAUCUUAAAAGAUUACAAAUAAAAUUUUAUUCUGAUUUUGUUGGCGAUAGCAAAAAGAAGUAUACACUUAUGUACAGUAUAGUUGAUUCUUAAUGAUCUCAUUUUAAGUUUGAAUUCAUCCAGAUGAUUAUGAAUAAUGGAACUAGUAAUCAAGUAAUUUUUGCAACAGGAGGUUAUGAUCAUACUAUAAAAUUAUGGCAACCGCAUACAGGGAAUUGCAAGCGUACUUUUACAGAAACAGAAUUUCAAGUAAAUGCUCUAGAUAUUACACCUGAUAAGUAUUUUAUAGGCGCAGCAGGAUAUCAACAUAUUCGCAUGUACGAUUUAGGAGCAAAUGAUCCAAAUCCAAUUAUCACUUACGAAGGAGGUUCCAAAAAUGUCAGCGGAUUUGGCUUUCAGGAAGAAGGUAAAUGGAUGUAUACCGGAGGUGAGGAUUGUUCUGCACGUAUAUGGGAUCUUAGAUAUUAUAAUGGAAAAUGUCAAAGAAUAUUUCAAGUUUCUGCUCCUGUAAAUUGUGUAUGCUUGCAUCCCAAUCAAGCAGAAUUAAUAGUCGGCGAUCAAAGUGGCGUUAUACAUUUAUGGGAUCUUCGUUCGGAUCAUAAUGAACAAUUGAUACCAGAAACUGAAGCUUCUAUACAAGAUAUUGCAAUAAAUCAAGAUGGUACAUAUAUGGCUGCUGUAAAUAAUAAAGGUCAUUGCUACGUUUGGACGCUAACAGGGGGUAUUGGAGAGGAACCAACCAAACCUAUUCCUCGCCAUAAACUUUUGGCUCAUAAUCGUUAUGGAUUACGUUGUAAAUUUAGUCCCGAUUCUACCCUGCUCGUGACUACGUCUGCUGAUCAAACCGCUAGAGUAUGGAAAACUACGGAUUUCUCAGAGAUACAGGUAUUGCAACACGAAGCAAAACGUUGGGUUUGGGAUGCAGCUUUCAGUGCAGAUUCACAAUAUGUAUUCACUGCUUCUUCUGAUGGCAUUGCAAGAUUAUGGAACGUUACAACUGGAGCGAUAGAACGUGAGUAUAAAGGCCAUCAGAAAGCAGUAACCGCAUUGGUAUUUUAUGAAGAAGCUGUAACGACGACGGCUUAAUAGCUGAAACGAAAGGUGUAUAGAAUAAAUCUUUUCUAAUUUA